CUUCAACAACCAUCUUGUCACCACGUGUGCCAUCCAUCGCUUAUUGGCUGACCUCAUCUAUUAUUUCAUCCAUUCAUACUCUAGAGUUUUUUUGUUUACCACGUGCUCCGUUCACGGUGGUCGGCCGUCAGAAUCGAGGGGCCUUUGCUGAUCUAUUGUUUGCCUUCGCGGACAAAAGCUGGUUCUUGCCUCGCAUUCUUAAAGAUACCAAGAGUAAUUGACGCCGGACUCCUAAGAUUCUAUUCCAUCUUUCCAGACUGCUAGAAUUGCUCCUUCAAAACUUGUUAGAUAAUCGAGUUCCGCCUCACCUGAGCCGAAUCUGGAACAUACGUCAUCGGAAACAUGUUUCCUCCAUCCCAAAGCUUACGCCUCGACAUUGAUGCAAUUAGUCAAAUAUGCGGUUCGGUUUCGAUCGCAUGCUGGAUUGUUGUCUUCUCGCCCCAGAUCAUAGAGAAUUGGAGACGAAGCUCUGCUGAUGGACUUUCAGUCGUAUUCAUCACAGUAUGGCUUCUAGGAGACUUUUUCAACAUAUUUGGAGCCGUACUACAAGGGGUCUUGCCGACUAUGACCAUUCUUGCCGUUUACUACACAUUCGCUGACAUUGUGUUACUCCUUCAAUGCUUCUGGUAUAAAGGUUUCACGUUGAGCGACUCAAUACCAAAGACUGAGGAAGAAGGGCCAGUCGAGAGCGGAGCGUCGACAAAUGAGCAAACACCACUCCUGCCGGAUGGUAGACAAACCAUUACAAACGGAAGCCACUCCAACGGACAUGGAAAUGGGUAUCAUACACCACCUCGGAUUGAAGACAAUGACCGUCGGCACUCUUACCAUUCGCAGUCUUCGUUUAGAGAACGGCUACUUUCGGUUGAUGGAACUCAUCUCUCUCCCGCGACACCACUACUCCCCGACUCAACUCUAGCGGAGAGAGUAGUCCAGGCUCGGCAGCAGGCACCGACGUCAACACUACAGACCAUUUGCUUCAAUCUCGGAAUUAUCUUUCUUGUCUGCGCAUCCGGGGUCUUUGGUUGGUGGCUCAGUGCACGCAACGCAAUCCCCUCACCGCCCCCCGAGGAAGAAGACAGUGGCGGUUUGUACUUCAACCUCUGGGGCCAGAUCUUCGGCUACAUCUGUGCUAUUCUCUACCUCGGAUCUCGAGUUCCUCAACUCCUCCUCAACUACCGCCGCAAGAGUACCGAAGGCAUCUCAAUGCUGUUCUUCUUGUUCGCUUGCAUAGGCAACAUGACUUAUGUGAUGUCUAUCUUUGCAUAUAAGCCUAAGUGCAAGGAUCCACGGCUUUGUAAGCCUGGGGAGGCAAGAGCUGUGUAUGGGAGAUAUAUUGCGGUUAACCUUUCAUGGCUGUUGGGGAGCUUUGGCACGCUUUUGUUGGAUGCGUUUGUCUUUAUUCAGUAUUUCUUGUAUCAGAAAGAUGAGGAGGAAGAUUUGGUGCCUUAG